AUGGAACGCGAGGAGAGGAGCGGGCGGGCCGGCGGUCGCGGCUCGGGCUGGGGUCGCAUCGCCCUGCUGGACAAGACCAAGGAGUUCUUCCAGACGUGCGACGUGGAGGGCCGCGGCUUCAUCACCCGCACCGACAUGACGAGGCUCCACAGGGAGCUGCCGCUCUCGGCCGAGGAGCUGGAGGACGUCUUUGACUCGCUGGACGCGGAGCGCGCCGGUUACCUCACGCUUGAGGCCUUCUCUUCUGGAUUCAGCCAGUUCCUCCGCGGCCGGAGAAUCUCUGUGACCGAUGAGCCGGUCCAGACGCAGGAUCGGCCCCUCGGGACCAAGGAGGCCUUCUACCAGAGCCAAUGGGAAGCCAAGCUGUCCGGCGGAGAGGACGAGGAAGAGGGACACUUCUGCAUGCUGCUCGACAGCCUGGGAGCCAGCAACGUUUUCGAGGACCCGGACGAGGUCCGCGGCCUGUGGGCGCAGCUCAGGCGAGAUGAGCCUCACCUGCUGUCCAACUUUGAGGAGUUCCUGGCCAGGGUCACGCAUCAGAUCAAGGAGGCCCGCCGGGAGAAGAGGGAGAUGGAGAGCGCCCUGCAGAGGAAGGCAGCGACGCACGACGACGAGAUCCGCCACCUGUACGAGGAGAUGGAGGCGCAGAUCAAGACGGAGAAGGACCGGCUGCUGCUGAAGGACUCGGAACGUCUCCAGUCGAGAAGCCAGGACUUGGAAGAGCAGCUGUCGUCCAAGGAGAAAGAGCUGGAGAUGCUCUUCCAGAAACAGAAGCGGUUGGAGCUGGAGUGCCGCGAGCUGAACAGCGAGAAGCGGGAGAGCCACGUGGAGAACGUCAAGCUGAAGGUGACCAACGACGAGCUGGCGCGGGCGCUGGAGAGCACCAGCCGGGAGCUGCUGUUGGCCCAGGACCAGCUGGCCCUGCUGCAGGAGCAGGCCGCCCGCCUGCACCAGGAGAAGGAGAUGGAAAUGUACCGAGUGACUGAGGGACUGCAAAGAGAGAAGCAAAGCCUGAUGAAGCAACUCGAUCUCCUGCGAGAGAUGAACAAACAUCUAAAGGACGAGCGUGACAUCUGCUCUGGUGUGCCACGAACUUCUCUAAGGAAGAAACAGAAGCAGCGAGCUGGCCUGGCCAACGCGUUUGACGACAGCAGCCACCCUGCCAAAAGAUCCCCCGUGGUGCAGGAUGUCUCCUACCAGUCUCUGGAGGCCUUGCCUAUAGAGCACCUUCAAAUCGUGUUUGUUGCUUCCUCCUCCUGUAGUGAGGACGACGCCGUCGCCGUCACGCCCGUGAAGAAGAGCACCGGAUUGGCCAACGGCUACGGCGGCCCCGCCCCCACCAAAGCCGCCAAGGCCAAGGGCAAGAAGGCCGUCGCCAGGUCCUCCAGUUUCAGGAGGUCCGGGAGAGAGCGGGCCAAGAGGCCGGAGACCAAGCCCGACGUCGAGGACGAGGUGCUGGACUCCCCCCCGGGCGGGUGGCCCCUCCGCCGGGUCAUCUCCAUCGAAGAGGACCACCUGCCGCACCUCCUCCAAGGGGGGCCGCAGCUCCUCCUCCACCAGCUCAGCGAGGAGGAAGACGGGGAGGGGGCGCAGAGCGACCUGGAACACAGGAAACCGGGACAGUUUUCCCGGUCGAAGACGACACCCCCGUCGUCGCGGGGGCAGCCUGUCGGGAAGGAGACCCAGCACAUGGCAGAAGUGCCCGUGUUGGGCCCCAGUCGUCUAUUUAAGGUGGUCCUGGUGGGCAACUCCAGCGUGGGCAAGACCUCGCUUCUGCGCUCCUUUUGCGAGGGACGUUUCCACCCGUCCACCACGGCCACUGUGGGGAUCGACUUCAGCGUGAAGACGUUAACCUUGAACAAUAUGCAGAUCGCGAUGCAGCUCUGGGACACGGCGGGUCAAGAGAGGUAUCGCAGCAUCACCAAGCAGUUCUUCCGCAAGGCCGACGGCGUGGUGGUGAUGUACGACGUCACGCUGGAGGAGAGCUUCAAGGCUGUGCGACCCUGGCUCGCCAACGUCAAGGACGCUGCAGGAGAAGGCGUCCAAAUCCUCGUGCUGGGCAACAAAAUGGACAUGGAUGCGGAUAGAGAGGUGUCCUUCAAAGCGGCGGAACAACUGGCAAAAGAAAACAAGGUGAUGUUCUACGAGGUCAGCGCCUACACGGGCAAGAACGUGACCGAGUCCCUCACCCACCUGGCCCGGGUGUUGAUGGAGCAAGAGGACCGAGUACGGGACACCACCGUCAUCCUGAGCGCUCAGCCCUUCAAGAAGAAAGCCUGCUGCAAGUGAACACGCCUUGGUGGAGGUCUUCUUUUGUACAAUGCAAUAAGCGAGGAUGUUCAUAAUAUGUUCUGUACGAUAUCAUUGUUGACGAAA